UCCCCUCCCCCCCGAGAGAUGGGGAAGCCUACGAAGACCAAAAAACCAGAGAUCUUGGGGAAGGGAAAGGUUACUCCAGUCCAGAUCGCGUUCAUCGUUGACCGUUAUCUGUCCGACAACAACUACAUCCAAACUCGUUCCAUCUUCAGAACAGAAGCUUCAACUCUCAUUUCGAAAACACACAUCCAAGAGGCGCCAAAGAGUUUAUUGAGUCUCGCAGCGAUAUUGGAUGAGUACAUUUGCUUGAAGGAGCAAAAGGUGAUGUUCGAGCAGGAGAAGCGGUGGGUUGAGCAGGAAAAAUGCCGCGUUGAGACCUUAAUGAAGGGUAUGCAAAGUGUGAUGCAAGCUUACAGCUCCGCAGGAAACACUUCCCUAUCUUUGACUUCCGCUACGGCACCUAAGUCAAUGUCUCUGAUUCUUCCAUCAGAUCGCAAUACUGCAUCCCCUGCAGGUACUAUUCCAACACCAUUUGCGUUUAUUCUCAGUUAUUUGUCGAAUAAUUCUACUUCUGAUUUUUAUCCUGCGGUUUUCUUAGUUAGUGCCUCGUAUCUGAUCCGGUCAUUCAAAACCUACG